GCGCGCCGUGACCCCGAACUCGGGGGUGCCCCGUCCUUCACCUGCGACCUGGCGGUGGGGGCUUUCAACUAUGAGGUGGGGGCUAGGAGGCUUUUUUAACCCGGUUUUCAAGAUGGCGACCCGCUGGUCACGUGCCGCUCGCAGAACGCGAUUGGCCAGCGCGGCGUUGAGGGGCGGGGCCUGAGGGGCGGGGCGGGCACCGGCUCCUGCCGCUGCUGUUUGCUUGAGCGUCCUGGCGCGCCCCUGCGCUGCGCGUCCCCGCCGCUCCGAAUGUUGUGAAUCAAACGUGGGGCUGGUUCCAUCCGGCCGCCGCGGACAGUUCUUAAAGGGCCAGCCCGCCGGAUCGCACAGCUGCGUCCUGCGCCGCCCUCCUCUCGAGUCCGGGCCGGGGAAGCGGAAGACAGAGCAGGCUCGGGAAGGAGCCGGCGCUCCACCAUCCGCACCCCGCAUCGCGAACAAAGGAGCCCUCGAGUUGUGGGACGGCUGCCGGGUUGUGAGCCCCGGCCCAGCCCCUCCACCUCCCUGCUCCCCUGAUGAGACCAUGGGCUUUGGCAGUGACUAAGUGGUCACCCUCUGCCCCUGUGGGUCACUGGCGAUUCUCUGCAAGACCUAGCAGCAGUCCAGGCCAGCUCUGGGGAAGCCUUGGCCACGAGGGGCCCCUGGCCAGCCUACCUACCCAGGAUGAGCACUUCCCCUCCCAGCAGCUGCUGCCCCGACCUUCACACCUCUCUGUAGAGGAGCACCGAGCCUCAGCUCCUGCCGGCAGGAGCCCACGAAUGCUGCACCCGGCCACCCAGCAGAGCCCGUUCAUGGUUGAUCUCCACGAACAGGUGCACCAGGGGCCUGUCCCUCUGUCCUACACAGUCACCACAGUGACCACCCAAGGCUUCCCCUUGCCUACAAGCCAACACAUCCCUGGCUGCAGUGCCCAGCAGCUCCCAGCAUGCUCCGUGAUGUUCAGUGGGCAGCACUACCCCCUCUGCUGCCUCCCACCUCCACAGCUGAUCCAGGCAUGUACCAUGCAGCAGCUCCCUUUGCCCUACCAUACCUACCCCCACCUCAUCUCCAGUGACCACUACAUUCUUCACCCGCCGCCACCGGCCCCACCACCUCAACCUACCCACAUGGCACCACUCGGGCAGUUUGUGUCCCUGCAGACCCAGCACCCACGUCUGUCCCUGCAGCGUCUGGAUAAUGAUAUGGACCUUCGAGGGGAUCAGCACCCCUUAGGUAGCUUCACUUACUCCACCUCUGCCACUGGCCCAGCCUUGUCGCCCUCAGUGCCCCUUCACUACCUGUCCCAUGAGCCACUGCCCCAGGAGCUGUCCUUCGGUGUGCCAUAUUCCCACAUGAUGCCACGGAGACUGAGCACACAGAGAUACCGUCUACAGCAGCCGCUGCCGCCACCGCCACCACCCCCACCACCGCCGCCAUCUUAUUACCCAAGCUUCCUCCCCUACUUCCUUUCAAUGCUGCCAAUGUCACCGACCACCAUGGGCCCCACCAUCAGCCUGGAUCUGGACGUGGACGACGUGGAGAUGGAGAACUAUGAGGCCCUCCUGAACCUGGCUGAGCGACUGGGAGAUGCCAAGCCCCGCGGCCUCACCAAAGCAGACAUCGAGCAGCUGCCGUCGUACCGCUUCAACCCUGACAGCCGUCAGUCCGAGCAGACUCUGUGUGUGGUCUGCUUCAGUGACUUCGAGGUGCGGCAGCUGCUCCGAGUCCUGCCCUGCAACCAUGAGUUCCAUGCCAAGUGUGUUGACAAGUGGUUGAAGGCCAACCGGACCUGUCCCAUUUGCCGGGCCGAUGCCUCCGAGGUGCCCAGGGAGGCUGAGUGAGGCUUCGCAGCCACCCACAAGAACCCUGCCCAAAGCUCCGGAAAUGGGUGGGGGGAGGCAGGGAGUGGCCCAGGGAGAACUGUAAGGGAGGGGUCAGGCCUGUCUCAGCAUUCCCACCUGCAACUUGAGAGCUGGUGCCAGGGUCAGCCCUGGAGAAGCCCCUGCAAUAAGCCCCUGCGUUUGCCAAGCUCCAAAGACUCCUUCCCCAAACUGCCUGCCUGCCUGCCUGCCCACCCGCCCGCCCGCCAUGGAGCUGCCUGAGUGUCCCCAACUCAGUCUGCCUCUUAAUUUGCCCUUGGGUCCUUCUUCCUGCUGGCUCUGGGAGGCAGGAGUCCAUUCCCCAAAUGUGGUGGCUGGUGUGAUCCCCACCCCCGAAAAUGGGCAAAGGAGUAGCCACCCUGGGUCAGCUGGUCUCUUGUACUGAAGAGAAGUACUCCCUGCACAGGUGGGACUGCCAGGUCUGUGGGCAGAUGGGAGCCAGAGACCAUUUCCUAAGGCCCAGGACUCCAGACAGACUUAGUCGGCUCUGCCUCCACUGCUGUGCAGUGUGGGUCUGACUCCCCAGGACCCCACCCCAGGCACAGCAUUCCAGCCCACCCCAGGCUGGAGGGUAUCCCAGCCACGGUCUUUGAGCAAAUGGGAUGGGGGCUCCAAGCCGAACACAUUAUGUUCUGCAGGAGCCAAGCCACAAUCUGGGCAUGUCCUUGUGUUCCUGGUGAGUGCCCCCCCACCAGGGACAGUGUCAGACCCAUGCUCGAUCUUCUCCCCCUCUGUCGUUUUGCAUGAAUGUGAGGAACAGCAGUUUUUGUUUAUUCAUUUGGCCCAAAAUUGCGUGUAGGGGGUAUGGAUAUUUAGAGGUGUUCGGGGGGGGGGGGGGUGUUUUGUUUGGUUGGUUGGUUUU